AAAGGAAGGACAUUAACCGGCUGGUCUCCUUCAGAUGCCUUUGACAAUGAGCUCAUCUUCAAAACUCUCAAAGAAAUCAUCGAGGGGAAAACUGUGCAGAUCCCCGUGUACGACUUUGUCACCCAUUCCCGGAAGGAGGAGACGGUGACCGUCUACCGCGCGGACGUGGUGCUCUUCGAAGGCAUCCUGGCCUUCUACUCCCAGGAGGUGCGCGACCUGUUCCAGAUGAAGCUCUUCGUGGACACGGACGCGGACACCCGGCUCUCCCGCAGAGUGUUAAGAGACAUCAGCGAGAGGGGGAGGGACCUGGAGCAGAUCUUGUCCCAGUACAUCACCUUCGUCAAGCCCGCCUUCGAGGAGUUCUGCCUGCCGACAAAGAAAUACGCGGACGUGAUCAUUCCGAGAGGUGUAGACAAUCUCGUGGCCAUCAACCUCAUCGUGCAGCACAUCCAGGACAUUCUCAACGGAGGGCCGUCCAAGCGGCAGACCAACGGCUAUCUCAACGGCUGCACGCCCGCACGCAAGAGGCAGGCCUCCGAGUCCAGCAGCCGGCCGCACUGACCCGCCCCGGGCCCUGCCCCGCUCCCGGGCACGGCGGCGGCAGGGGCUCGGCCGUCUGUACAGACGGUUUCCUAUGACUCUGCUUAUUUAAGAAAACAACACGGAAAAGAAAUGCCUUUGAUCUUGAAACGGAACUUGACCCCGAGCUUACACGACGAACUGUGCCAACUACCACUGGUGAUGCCUAAUCGUGCCCACCUGUACCAGUUACCAAUACACACGCAUAUAUAAAAGGAUCUAUUUUUGUGUAAAUGUACAAAAUCCUGUAAA